AUGAGUCCCCGGACCUCUCCACGGACACGGAGACUGGGGAAGCAAAGGACUAGGUGUCCCCAUAGAACCCAAGCCGAGGCCGAGUUGGGCCGCCGUCAUCCGGUCCAGAUCCAAACCCAGGAUGCAGGAUCCCGAUCCUGGGAGCAGCCAGGCGCUUCCUUCGCGGACCUUUCAAACCAGGCGCAUGCACGCUCUUGGUUGUGCUACGGAGCUCACCUAGGUACUAGGUACCAGUACAAUGCCAUCCUUUGUCAACUCCACCGUCAACCAUUAACCGCCAUCGUCCCCCUUCCGAGUCCCGACAAGCCAAAGACUUUCAGAGAGCCGGCCCGGUCCUACCGAGUCUCGACUUUGAGUCGCAACCCCUUCAGCCUCGUUCAGCUUGCAUCUUUUGCCUUACUUGCGCUUGUCCUCAUAGCCCAGUUCUACUUCGCAGAUAACCCACCAAACUACCUGCGAGUGAAUCCUUUCUCUUCAACCUCCGAAUCUCUUCCGGCGCAAGUCGGAAGCGGCACCUGCGAAAAUCCUACACCCUUUGGUCCUGUCCCCUCCCAAUCAUCGCCCAUAUCGAAACCACACACCAUGGCUCUCCAGGCAGCAACACAGAAGGUGGUGAAGGAGUUUACCCUUCUGGAUGAAGAUCUGCAGAAGAUUGAGGGACUGGAGAAGAAUGACACGACCAUGGCACAGAUCCCAACCUACGUCACAGCUGGUCUGUACAUGGCUGUCGAUCUGGGAGGAACCAACUUCAGAGUCUGCUCGAUCCAGCUGAAUGGCGAUACCACCUUCAACCUGAUACAAUCAAAGGUUGCGGUUCCACAAGAACUGAUGAGGGCCAAGACGGCCAAGGAACUCUUCGCUUUCUUAGCAAAGCAGAUUGAGCUGUUCUUGAAGACCCACCACCAAGACCAAUUCUCUGCUCACAUCAGACGGCGUGCGACAAUCAGCACACCAGAAGGGUUCCGUGAUGAACAUGUGUUCCGUCUGGGCUUCACAUUCAGCUUUCCGGUCCACCAAGUUGGCAUUAACAGAGGAAGACUGAUGAGGUGGACAAAGGGUUUUGAUAUCCCCGACGCAAUUGGACAAGAUGUCUGCAUCUUGCUGCAAAGGGAGAUUGAUGCGCUCAAGUUGCCCGUCAAGGUAGCGGCCCUCGUGAACGACACGGUUGGAACUCUCAUGGCUCGUGGCUACACUUCGCCUGGGAAGACUGGAUCUCUGCUUGGAGCCAUCUUCGGCACGGGAACCAAUGGUGCUUAUGUUGAGAAGCUAGCAGCUAUCACUAAGCCACUGGAAGGGGAGUUUGACAAGCGCACGGGAGAGAUGGUGGUGAACACAGAAUGGGGCUCUUUCGACAAUGGUCUCAAGACGCUUCCAAGUACUCCCGCCGAUAUCCAACUGGAUGCAGAAAGUAUCAACCCAGGAAUGCAAAUGUUUGAGAAGCGCAUCUCCGGUAUGUUCUUGGGUGAGCUUCUGCGCUUGACCUUGGUUUCCAUGAUCAAGGAUCCCGCCGUCCCCUUGUUCAGCGACGACAACUCUUCCCAGAAUGAUUACCGGUCCACAGCAUCCGUUGAAGCGAAUGCUCCACUGCACAUCAAGAACGCGGUGGAUAGUAGUAUUCUAUCCUUCUCCGAGGCAGACCACAGUGAUGGACUCCGUGCUGUGCGGCAGGCCAUCUACAUGAACCUGGGGGUGUCAGCAGCCAGCGUGGAGGAUGCUCAGGCCGUCAAGGAAAUCUCCCACGCCAUUGGACUUCGUGCUGCGCGCCUCGCGGCUGCGGCCAUCGGCGCAAUCGUGAUCCACACCGGUCGCCUGAACACCGGACCACCCACGAAGCCCGUACCGACCGCCGCCUCCAUCAUCAGCGACGUCAAGAACCUCAAGCUUGCCGACGCCGCAUCCGCCACCGCCAGCAAGCUUGCCGACACAGCCGGUCUCACCGUCAACGAGGAUGAAAUUGUAGAUAUUGGUGUGGACGGUUCCCUCGUCGAGUUCUAUCCUGGCUUCAUGGACUCGAUGCGCGAGGCUCUCCGCUCCAUGCCUGAGAUCGGCGCUGCGGGGGAGCGCAAGAUCCGCAUCGGCAUCGCGCACGACGGGUCUGGUGUUGGGGCUGCACUCAUUGCAUUGGUGGCUGCCAAGAUGGAGUCGAAACAAGACUACAUGGGCGAGUUGAGAAAUCAGCUCGAUGGGCUGGUCGAGCAGGAGGAGGCCAUCGACGAUGAGGACUCGGCCUAG